AUGGUUAACUUCACCGUCGACCAGAUCCGUCAACUGAUGGAUCGCCCAACGAACAUCCGUAACAUGAGUGUGAUUGCCCAUGUCGAUCACGGAAAGUCUACUCUCACGGACUCGCUCGUCUCCAAAGCUGGUAUCAUUGCGGGCGCGAAGGCCGGCGAAAUGCGUUUCACCGACACAAGAGAAGACGAAAAGGAGCGUGGUAUCACGAUUAAAUCAACCGCCAUCUCGAUGUACUUCGAGGUCGACAAGGACGACGUCGGCGCUAUUAAGCAGAAGACCGAUGGUACCGAGUUCCUGAUCAACCUCAUCGAUUCCCCCGGACACGUCGACUUCUCUUCCGAAGUUACUGCCGCUCUUCGUGUCACCGACGGUGCGCUCGUCGUUGUGGACUGUGUGGAGGGUGUUUGCGUCCAGACCGAGACCGUACUCCGUCAAGCGCUCACUGAGCGUAUCAAGCCGGUCGUCGUUAUCAACAAGGUCGACCGUGCCCUCCUCGAGCUCCAGGUCUCCAAGGAAGACCUCUUCCAGUCCUUCUCGCGUACAGUGGAGAGCGUCAACGUCAUCAUCUCGACCUACCACGACGAGGCUCUCGGUGACGUUCAAGUCUACCCUGAGAAGGGUACCGUCGCUUUCGGUUCAGGUCUCCACGGCUGGGGUUUCACUCUCCGUCAAUUUGCCUCCCGCUACUCCAAGAAGUUCGGUGUCGACAAGGAGAAGAUGAUGUUGAAGCUCUGGGGCGACAACUACUUCAACCCUGCGACGAAGAAGUGGACGACCAAGAGCACAGAUGCGGACAACAAGCCUCUCGAGCGCGCCUUCAACUCCUUCGUCCUUGACCCCAUCUUCCGCAUUUUCGACGCCGUCAUGAACUUCAAGAAAGAGGACGUCUACAAGAUCUGCGAGAAGCUCGACGUGAAGCUUGCUCAGGAUGAGCGCGAACUCGAGGGCAAGGCGCUCCUUAAGGUCGUUAUGAGGAAGUUCCUUCCUGCUGGCGACUCGCUCCUGGAGAUGAUUGUCAUCAACCUCCCCUCGCCGGCGACUGCUCAGCGUUACCGUGUUGAAACCCUCUACGAGGGUCCUAUGGACGACGAGUCCGCCAUCGGUAUCCGCGAUUGCGACCCCAACGGUCCCCUCGUUUGCUACAUCUCCAAGAUGGUGCCGACGUCCGACAAGGGUCGCUUCUACGCUUUCGGUCGUAUCUUCUCCGGUACCGUCCGUGCUGGCCCCAAAAUCCGUAUCCAGGGUCCCAACUACGUGCCCGGCAAGAAGGACGACCUGUUCGUCAAGUCUGUCCAGCGCACCGUGCUCAUGAUGGGUCGUUACGUCGAACCUAUUGAGGACUGCCCGGCCGGCAACAUCCUCGGUCUCGUCGGUAUCGACCAGUUCCUGCUCAAGAGCGGUACUCUCACUUCGUCGGAGACUGCGCACAACAUGAAGGUCAUGAAGUUCUCGGUCUCUCCUGUCGUCCAGGUUGCCGUCGAGGUUAAGAACGCGUCGGAUCUCCCCAAGCUCGUUGAGGGUCUCAAGCGUCUCUCGAAGUCUGACCCGUGUGUGCAAGCGUGGAUCUCGGAAAGUGGUGAGCACAUUGUCGCGGGUGCCGGUGAGCUCCACUUGGAGAUCUGCUUGAAGGAUCUCCAAGAAGACCACGCCGGUGUCCCCCUCAAGAUUUCCGACCCUGUGGUCGGUUUCCGUGAGACUGUCAAGACGGAGUCUUCGAUCGUGGCUCUGUCGAAGUCGCAGAACAAGCACAAUCGUCUGUACGCCAAGGCCAUGCCUAUCGACGAGGCCCUUACCCUGGCCAUCGAGGCUGGCAAGAUCAACCCUCGUGACGACUACAAGAUCCGUGCUCGCACCAUGGCUGACGAGUUCGGCUGGGACGUCACCGAUGCGCGUAAGAUCUGGUGCUUCGGUCCCGACACCACCGGCCCGAACCUCCUCGUCGACACCACCAAGGGUGUGCAGUUCCUCAACGAGAUCAAGGACUCUUGUGUUGCUGCCUUCCAGUGGGCGACCAAGGAGGGUGUGCUUUGCGAGGAGAACAUGCGUGGUGUUCGUGUGAACAUCCUGGAUGUCACGCUCCACUCCGAUGCCAUCCAUCGUGGUGGAGGUCAGCUCAUCCCGACCUGCCGUCGUGUCUGCUACGCCGCGUGCUUGCUCGCCGAGCCAAGUCUCCAGGAACCGAUCUACCUCGUCGAGAUCCAGUGCCCGGAGAACGCAAUCGGUGGUAUCUACUCGGUACUCAACAAGCGUCGUGGUCAGGUGUUCAGUGAAGAGCAACGUGUCGGUACCCCCAUGUUCACGGUGAAGGCCUACCUGCCCGUUAUGGAGUCGUUCGGUUUCAACGGCGAUCUCCGCUCGCAGACCGGUGGCCAGGCGUUCCCUCAGUCGGUUUUGGACCACUGGGAGUUGAUGAACGGCUCGCCGCUGGAGAAGGGUAGUAAGCUCGAGGACAUCGUCAAGAGCGUCCGUGUGCGCAAGGGUCUCAAGCCCGAGAUCCCUCCUCUGGACACGUACUACGACAAGCUCUAG